AUGCAUCAACUACGUCGGGUAGUAAUCACCGGUCUCGGUGUCUGUACUCCAAUUGGUCUUACCAUAGAAGGUUUUUGGCAAAAUCUUCUUAAAGGUGUUUCUGGAUUGACUGCAGCACCUGACAGUUUCCACUUUUUACCGAGUAAAGUUGUCGGUGUUAUAAACGAUCAGCAACUAGAAUGUGCCAAGGUGGAAGCUGACCGUUACCUAUCCGAUGUGGGUUUCGGGUCGUUGGAUUUCAGGGGUGUUUCCAGAGCCAGUAUAUUGGGUGUGCUAGCUGCCAAACAAGCACUUCUCCAAGCUGGUUUCCAACCCAUUUCGCGCGAGAAUUCUAUUGGAAGCAGAGCUGGUAAGUAUUUCAUCCCAUUUAAUUCUCGUCGAGCAGAUGAAGUUACUCAUUUAAAAUUUUCAGCCAUAUGCAUUUCAAAAUUAAAAUGA